AUGUCAGAUAUAGCAAAAGUAGAUAAGAAGACUUAUGACUACUUGAUGGAAGAACCACCAGAAAGGUGGGUACGUUCUUGUAGUCCACAACGAAGAUAUGACAUGCUCACAACAAACAUAGUUGAGUCAAUGAAUUCUGUCCCAUUAGAAGCAAGGGAGCUGCCUAUAUUAAGAAUGAUGGAUUUCAUUCAAGUGAAGCUACAACGUUGGUUUUAUGAAAGAAGAAAUAAAGCAGAAGGAAGUUUUUAUGAUGUUUCUUGUUGGGUAGAGGAUGAAUUGAAGAAAAAGAUAAAUUUAGCAUUUACUUUGAAUGUCUUCCCUGUUGAUUCAUGGCAUUCUAGAGUUGAAGAAGCAGGAAUAACUUUCUUGGUGGACUUAAACAAAAGAACAUGUGAUUGUUUUCAGUUUCAAUUUGAUGAAUUACCAUGCAUACAUGCAAUUGCAGCUAUCGAGAUGAGAAACAUCAAGAAGUCCAACUUUUGCUCGCACUGGUACUUAAAGGAAUCUUGGCUGAAAACAUAUGAAAGACAAAUAUAUCCUGUAGGACAUACUGAUUCUUGGAUUGUACCAGAGAGUGUUAAGUCACAAAUUGUUAAACCUCCAUAUUUCAAAGUGCCACCAGGUAGAAGGCAGAAGAAAAGGCAUAUUCCAGCUACCAAGUCAUCAAAAAAUAACAUUCAAGUGUGGUCGUUGCAGAAGAAUUGGUCAUAA